AUAACCUUUAUCUUAUCUAAAUUAAUUUAGAUUUUUUUUUUUGUCUUACUCUGCAGAAUCUAAUCAGUAUUUUUACAGAUUAUGACGAGGAAAAAUAUAUUUACACGCGAGUUGAACCGUACGCGAUCUCGCAUCAAGUCAUACGGGCCCUCGUGGUAUAGUAUGAGUGUCGAACUAUUUUCGUAAUGACUAAUAUAUUUUGCAGAAAUGUCUGAGGACCAUCAUUCUUUCCUGCUGACUCAGCGACGAGUUGGUUUCAUUGACUGUUCCUCCAGUAGGACUCGACGCCUUCUCCAGCGUACAUCUCUCUCCAGGCUGUGAAUAAAAUACUCGUCGCGUAAUUUUUAUAUAAUUUAUUUUAUUUUUUUUUUUUUGUUAUUUCUUUAUAAGUUUCGGUUCAAAGUGAUUUAAUCAGUAUUAGUGUUUAACGCAUAAUUUAUUAGGACUAUAAACAAUUGAGGUUCUCAAAAAUGAAUACUUGAAGAUUAUAUACUUAAAAACUGAGGAAAAAAUAUAUAUAUUAUAAUGUCAGAUAUUGCUAAAACUGCUGUUUUCUUUGUCUUCCUUGGAGUUGCAGUAGUGCAACCUGAUGAUUGGACUCUGUGCCCUGCUGGUUGUAAAUGCAAGUGGGUUUCUGGAAGGAAGACUGCUGAUUGCAGGAAAGCUGAUUUAAAAAGAAUACCAGAGACAUUUAAAAGCGAAAUUCAGUCUCUAGACUUAUCAGAAAACAAUUUAGAUCACUUACCAGAUGAAGCAUUUAAAUCUGUUGGUCUUGUCAACUUGCAUAAAGUAUUUCUAAGAAAAUGCAAUAUUAAAGAAAUCCACAGAGAUACAUUUAAAGGAUUGGGGAUCCUGGUGGAAGUAGAUCUCUCAGAAAAUAGAAUACAUGUACUGCACCCAGGAACAUUUAGAGAUAAUGUCCGAUUAAGAAUUUUCUAUUUUAAUGAAAAUUCUAUUAAAAGGAUAGAAGCUAAUUUAUUUGUUAAUCUUCUACAUCUGCAGACUGUAGAAAUGGGUGAUUGUGAAAUAACUGAAAUAGAUGACAAAGCAUUUCGUAAUGUCUCUAACUUGCUAAAUUUGAAAUUAAAUGCUAAUAAACUGACACAUUUAAAACUAUCUACAUUUUCUGACUUAUUAAAACUUAGAAGUUUAGUACUUCAAGAUAAUCCAUGGAAUUGUAAUUGUCAUUUGAGAGAUUUCAGGAACUGGGUUAUAGAAAGAAAUUUGUAUGCAGUCCCAACAUCAUGUACACAACCGGAACACCUUCGAGGAAAAAUGUGGAAUGUCAUUGAUGCUAAAGAUUUUGCUUGCAAACCUAAGAUAUUAUGGCCUCCAACUGGAACAUCAGUGUCAGCUGAUAACAGAGAUGUUAGCUUAGGCUGUAAAGUAACUGGGGACCCUAUGCCUGAAGUUCAUUGGGUACAUAAUUCAAAAAUCAUAUCAGACAGUACAAAAGUAAAGUACAGUGUAAACAGAUACACUAUCAAAACAAGUUUGGUUGGUUCAUCUGAACAACCUGAUAGAUGGGUUAAUUUAACUGUAAAUCAAGUGGGUUUGCAAGAUAAAGGCCAGUUUCAGUGUGUUGCAAAGAGUCCUGGAGGUUUAGAUGAAAGAAAUGUGACUCUCCUUGUAUAUGCUGAUAAUGAUGGUUUUAUAGGAGUAGGAAGUGUCAAUGAUUCGUGGCCCUUAAUUAUUGGAUUAUGCACAGGAAUGGCUGCUUUAUUAAUCAUAAUUCUCUUGUUGUGCUGCUGGUAUUGCUGUCGGCACAAACAAUCUCAGUCAAAAAAAUCUGCAACUGCAAUGCCUGCUAAUGGUGAUGUAAUGCACCAUAUUACGCCAUCAAAUGAACAAGAAAAAAGCUUAUUGACUGUGAAUCCUGUUCAAAAGCCUCCUAGACGGUAUGAAGCACAGAUUAAUAAUGAUGCUGUGGAAAUUUCUGAGCUUAAUAGAAAAUUACUGGAUGAAAAUUCACUACAGGGUAAUACCUGCCCUACCGAAGAAGAGAAUUCUAUUGAAUGCUUGGAUAUUAGACAAGAAGGAGCCAAUGUUGAGAAGCCUGUUUCUGAAGCUCAUCCUCCAGACUUGCUGUCUUUCCCCUCCAGAAGCCACAAUAUUUCUCCUGCAAGUAGUUCUACAUCAAAUGGGUUUGAUAAUCUUUCUAGAGCUUCCUUGUAUCCAGCAAUGCAACAAUCUAUUUUGAAUCCUUCUGUUCAUUAUAACUGUGGUACACUUCCUUAUUCAAGAUCUCAUUCUCCUUUCUCACCAACUGCUCCCAUUGUUCUUCCACGUCAAGGAUAUGUUACAAUUCCACGUCGACCUCGUGUUCCUAGUUGGUCAUCAGCACCAACCCCAUCUCUUCUAGAUGAUCCUUUAUCUCCUAUAAAAGCAGAACCUGUGUAUGAUAACCUUGGUCCUCGUACUACAGCAGAUGGUAGUUCUGUGCUUUCUUUAAAUAAAUCAUUUUCUGAAAAUCCGAGAGGACGAAAUUCUUCAUCGAAUGUUCCAAAUUAUUUCCACUUUGAAGGUGGCUUAAGGCCGAGUCCAUCUCCUUUAUCACCUGAAAGAGAAAACAGAGCAGAUGGUAUUCUUAAAAGAACAUGUUCAGCUGAUGGGGAUAUUGGGCCUAUAAGGUCCAAAGUUGCUCCAAAACCACCACCUAAACCCAAGAAAGAUGGUCCUCUAUUUGAAGAUGAAGGAGAGGAUGGUACCGAAGUUUAAAAUGGUUAAUAUAAUGUAUAUGAAUAAUAUAUAUAUAUAUGUGAUAGAGUGGUCCAAGUGAAUGAUUUUAAUGACCUUAAUAAGUGUUUAUGAUUGAAAUUUAUUUGUUAAGAAGUGAAUGUUUUUAGUUAUCAAUUAUUUAUUAUCUCGUACAUUCUACUGAUUAUGUGAAGUAGUGCUAGAAAGUUGUCAACAUAGCAAAGAAGUGUGUACUGAAUGAAAAAUAAAUAUUUAGUACACAAGUUUUAUACAUUAUAUAGACUAUUGUUAAGUUCCUCUUAAAUUUUAUUUUUUGACACAUUGAGUUUUUAAUAUACAUAUGUAAUAUUUUUAUUUAACAUCAAUAUAAUGGCAUUGAUAAGAUUAAUAUUAUAUUUUUGUUAUUUCAUUAGUGUGAAAAGAAAAUGAAUAUAUAUAUAUGAAAGCUUAACUAACUUAAUGGAAAUUUACCAAAUAAGUAAAAUUUGAAUUGAAGAGCUGCAUUAUCAAUACCAUUAUUUCUUUAUUUGCUAGCUGUUUGAAUUUUGUUAGCUUUAACAGGGUAUUUAAUAAUAUUUCUGAAAUUUCCCUGUUUACAAAGUGAUAUUUUUAAUUCAGGUAUUUAUAUAAUGUUUAAAAUACUUGCCAUUAGUGCCUUAUAGUUAAAAAUAGAUGUUAAAUGAUUUUGUAAGCAUAUGAUUCUGGUAUAAGCUUUAUUACAACAUACAAGUAAACCAAUCAUAUGUGAUCUUAAUCACUGAUGUAAAGUCUUAUACAAUUAUUUAGUUUUUGUUUGUUUUUUUCUUUCUCUAAAUCUUCUAGAAGAAAUUUUUAUUUUUAUAAUUUUAAUAUGUUUAUUUUUGUAAAUAUGUUUAUUUUUUUAUUUAAAAAAUAUUUGUCAUGUUUUGUAAAUGUGACUAUCUGAACAUGUGUUAAUGUGUUACUCUAAUUAGUAAGUGUAUAAACAACUAUGAAAUGUAUUGUAUAUAUAAAUAAUUUACUUAAGAAAGUGUGUCACAUCUGUUUUAUAAACAUGUAUAUCAUGUUAAUGGACAUUGUAUUACGAAUAAAUCUUUAUUUUAUGUGCUUAAAAUCAUUUGUACUAAAUAUUAAAAGAUGUCAUUUUAAAUUGUAAUGAGUUGUUAAUUAAAUUAUUGAAAUGUAUUUUUCGAAUGUGUAUGUACAUAUAUACAUAUAUUCAACAAAUAUUUCUAAACUAAUAGAGCUAGCUGACCAUUCUUUGAAAUGAUGAACUAAACUACUCUUCCUUAUUUGAGUAAAGAUUGAAGUUAUCGAUAGUACUCUGUUGUUUUCAAUGUAUAACAAAUAAAUGUAUGUAGUAUGUAUAGAUAUUAAUUUAUAAAAUGAUAAAAGUUUAUGUUUUAAACUUACCUUUUUAUUUCUAUCAUGGUCUAUGUAACUAUGUCAGUGUAAAUAAUUUUAUAUAAUGUGAUUUAUAUAAUUAUGCAUGUAUUUAUGUUAAUGUUCUAUAAGUUACCUUGUGUGUUACUCCUAUAAUAUCUACUGUAUAAAAUUGAAUAUCAAUGUGAAAUAAAUGUAUUUAUUAUCUACAAAAAAGUUAUAAAAUACCAAAUAGUUGUUUAGUGCCAAUAUUUUAAAAUCUUUUCAAAAAAAUAAAUAAAUUUAAAAGUAAUGAAUGUAUUGAUUGUUGAGUUUAAAUGUUUUAUAUUAGUGAAAACCCCAAGUGGCAAAGUACAUUUACUCACUGUUUUUACUCGUAGUAAAUCUAUUUCCUAGAGUAUUCUAUCUGAUGAAUUAUUAAUUCUUGUAUUUUAACAGAUAUUCUGCUGUGUAAAUAAAUAUGUAAAUGGUUAUGAAUAUGUAUGUGUGACAAGAGUUUUGUGUAUAUGUUUCUAAGCAUAAAUGUGUAUGUAUUUCUUCAUUAUUACAUCUUGAGAAAUGUCAGUAUUAUGUCGAACAGUUAUAUGUUUCUGUUUGAACUAUGGAGGAUUAUAAGUAAUUUUCCUUGCCUGACCAAAUAAUAUUACUCUUAUGUAAAUCAUAAUGAAACAUACACAUUAAUGGAUGUUAAUAAUGCUACUUAAUAAACAUUUUAUAUCUAUAUGUAAACAUUUCAGACUUUAUCCUUCUCAUUUCUAUGAUAAUUUUGAUGAUUGUUUGGACUGUUUAAUUUAUAUAACAGCAUGUAUGGUUUUGCCACAAAUUAUGUAAAGAUUGUGUAAUAUAGCCAAAUAAAGUAAAUGCCUGUUUUUUAAAUUAAA